UCCAACAGCAACCUUCCCCCUCUCUUUCUCCUCUCCUCUCCCUUUUCUGUCUCCUUCCCUGAACCCACUGCUCGUCGUCGACCAUCUUCCCUCUUCCCUGAUGUGUGGCCAGAUAGUCAACAUCAAAUACAGUCCAAGUUGAAUAUAAAAUGCAACAGAUCGAUCGAUUUCGACCAUCUCCGAAUCAAAUCCCUCUUCGUCGUUUGCAUCUUCGCCAUGUCCUCGUUCCUGGUACACAACAGCGGCGUCGCCAUCUUCGGCUUCUGCAUGUUCCUCUGCCUUCUCUACGCUCUACUUUUCAGGAGCUGCGUCCGCCACCGGCGCAGCGCCUCCACCGGCGAGGUCGACGACUUGGCGCUUCGCGAAGCCGGACUCAGUCAGCCGACCAUUGACGCGCUGCCGAGCUUCGUGUACCGCGGCCGCGGCGAAAGCAAAGACGGCGCCGCUUCCGCCACCGUCGACUGUGCGGUCUGCCUAGGCCAAGUGGCGGAGGGGGAGAUGGUGAGGCAGCUGCCGACCUGCCGCCACGCCUUCCACAUCGAGUGCAUUGACAAGUGGCUGCGCUCCCACUCGCUCUGCCCGCUUUGCCGUGCCGACACAAAGCCGCCGCCGCCGCCGCUGCCGGAAUAAAAGACGGCGUCUCUUGGUUGUCGUGGAAGGCCAAACGACGGGACAAAGAGGCUACUUUGACCCCGCCUCAGGGAAUUCUCAUGUUAGCUCACAGAAUUUGGAGAAUUAUAUUUUAGUCCUGUAACUUUGUAAAUCAUGCCGUCUUAUUUGUUAAUAUUGAAUCCUGGGUAUUUUUUUUAAAAUUCUGGGUAGAAAUGUCAAAUGUACAAACGACUUGAGAAAGAAAUAACGUCGCUGUUGGUGAUUGUGGCAGCUGUAGUGGAAUUAAAUAAUUUCA